AAUGUGAUAUCUUGAAAAUUAUAGCCAAAGGAUUUAUUUUUGUGCUUCGAAAUGAGGUACGUUUCUGCUUGGAACGGAUUUCUGACCUUAGCCAGCAUUUUGCUGGCUAUUAAGCCGAAUGGAGCAAUGGACUUGGGACAAUGCUCGUCACCGUUGGGAAUGCAAUCAGGAACAAUUGUCGAUAAUGACAUCACGGCCAGCUCGGCAUAUGAUUCGGCAAGUGUUGGACCUCAACAUGGAAGAUUGAUGUUGGAUAAACAAGGAGGAGCCUGGUGUCCUCGAAAUAUGGUCUCAAGUGACGCGAAGGAAUAUUUACAGAUCGAGUUGACGUCAAUGCGGGCCAUAACGGCGGUGCGAACGCAGGGCCGGUUCGGGAACGGGCAAGGUCAGGAAUACGCCGAGGCCUACAUGAUUGACUACUGGCGUCCGGCUCUACAGAAAUGGGUCCGUUGGAAAAACAUACACGGGAAACAGCUCCUACAGGGGAAUACUGAUACCUCAGGUGUUGUUGAACAGAUCCUCGAGCCUCCUGUGCUAACAUCACGCAUUCGAAUCAUUCCCUAUAGUGAACACGUCAGGACCGUCUGCAUGAGGCUCGAACUUGUGGGUUGCAAUUGGAAAGAAGGCGUCGUGAGCUACUCGAUGCCUCAGGGAGUGAAUCGGGGCGGCGAGAUUGAUUUGACAGAUCGCUGUUACGACGGCAUCGAAGAUUCGAAUCGUCUCAAGGGCGGACUAGGGCAGCUUCUGGACGGAAAGAAAGGAGCCGAUAAUUUCCGAGCCGACAAUGGAUUAGGCAAAGGUUACGAAUGGGUGGGAUGGCGCAACGAGGCUCUGACAACCUCAACAGCGCCUCUGGAAAUAAUAUUCGAAUUCGAUUCAGUGAGGAAUUUCAGUGCGGUCCAUUUACACUGUAACAAUAUGUUCAGCAAGGAUGUACAGGUAUUUUCAUCAGCGCGUGUAUAUUUUUCAAUGGGUGGCCGACGCUACGCCCCUCAACCAGUGAGAUACGCUUACAUGCCCGAUCCGACCCUGGAAUCGGCCCGCACUGUCGUAGUUAAGCUGCACCACAGAGUGGGACGUUACGUGAAAUUGCAAUUGCAUUUCAGAACGCGUUGGAUACUACUCAGUGAAGUCUCAUUUGAUUCAGUACCAAUAUAUGGUAACUUUAGCGAAGAACCAGACGAGCCGGUGAGUUCCGAAGAAAUUCCGGAACCUACUUUUGAUACAUUACCAGAUCUACAAAUAAAUAACGGGCAAGAACCGAGAGAGGAUCCUUUUCAACGAGAUGAGGUUUUUACACCUAGAUCAGAAGGAAAAUUACCUCAAGAGAAAUUGAAAGUAGUCAGCCAAGGUGGUGCUAUGGGCAGGAGCCAUUCAAUAAAUCCUCAAUUAUCGAACGAUGGAGAUGACCAGAGGCACUUCAUGGGUUUGGUAAUCGGAGCCCUAAGCGUCAUUAUACUCUGUCUUACCGCAGCUAUCUUCUUAAUAGUACUUAAGUCUCGGAAAUCUGCAGAUGGAGAUUGCACUGGUGUUGCGAAGAUACCUCGGGAAGACUUUCAGCAGCCACCUUUAUUACACGAGCCAUAUCCUUUGGCGCCAAUGGAUGUACGGCGAAACGAUUCUGAUUAUACAGAUUCUAGCAGAGUCGACGGUCAAUUCGCACAUAUCCAGCAAUUUAGUCCUACUCACAAAGGUCCAUUACCGCUUUCUACGGGCGUAGAUGAUGAACCACCGCCGAUACCAAAACGUGGAGGUCUACAGCAACCGCCAAUACCACCUAGCGCUUUGCGGGAAAUAUCAUUUCCAAAACCUCCACCAGUUCCACCGCCACCUUGUUCUGAUAUCUACCGCUCUAUUGGCGGUACAGCAGCUGAUGAGGAAGAUACAGAUAGGAAAGAAGAGCCAGUUACUGGGAGUUUGGACAGUUCGAAGGAUAGUACGAUACCUUAUAGUGAACCAAACAGUCCUUGUCCUCUGGACGAUACAGAAUCUUCUCUGCCCGAUAUGGCGUCCAUCGACUUUGAGCAGGAAGGAUUUUUAGAAGCUCCACCUGAAUUCCCGAGAGAAGUGCUGAAAAUAGUUAAGAAACUUGCCGAUGGUAAUAAAGGAGAAGUACACUUAUGUGAGGCUACUUUGCCGUACGACGGUGGAGAAAAUGGAAUUAUAAGGCGGCUGGUCGUAGUGCGAACAUUGAAAUCUGGUUUGGCGUCGGUAAAUCACGCUGAAUUCAGCAGAGAAGCUCUCAGUCUGAGCAGAUUGAAAGAUAGAAAUGUUAUACGAAUCUUAGGAGCAUGUCUAAGUAAUGAGCCCAUUUGUAUAGUUUUCGAAUAUCCGGAGCUCGGCGAUUUGAAUCAAUUUCUGCAGGAACAUGUUGCGGAAACGGUUGAUCGAAUACCGGGCGUUGGACAAACACUCAGUUACGGUUGUCUAAUAUAUAUGGCGACACAGAUAGCUUCAGGAAUGAAAUACCUGGAGUCAAUUGGAUAUGUACAUAAAGAUUUGGCAACCAGGAAUUGUUACGUGGGUGCACGAUAUUCGGUGAAAGUUGGCGACUUCGAUUGCUCAAGGGAGCUGUACGCGGCCGACUAUUGUCGUUUGGAGGAAUUGACGGGUUUGAGUUUAGGUGGACCGCCGAGAUAUCAGAUUGCUCAAUCGCCGACUUUGCCGAUAAGAUGGCUGGCUUGGGAGAGUUUAUUACUGGGAAAAUUUACCCAUAAAAGCGAUGUAUGGGCAUUUGCAGUUACUCUUUGGGAGCUUCUUACUUUUGCAAGGGAACAACCUUUCGAGGAAUUGUCUGACGAGGAUGUCUUAGAUAAUGCUGGUCAUUUCUAUAGAGACACCGGUAGACAGAUUUUACUGCCAUUACCGAUCGGAUGUCCAAAAGAAAUCUACGAUCUUAUGGGAGAAUGUUGGCAAAGAAAUGAAUCAGAUAGGCCAAGAUUUAGAGAAAUUCAUUUGUUUUUACAAAGGAAAAAUUUAGGAUAUACGCCUGAUAUGAACUGAAGAUUUUUGGGUGGUGUAAAUAAUUUUUUAAGCAACGAACUGUUAAUUAAUUUAGUGAAUAAGAUUUCAUGACAAUAACUUUAAAGUUUUUGUAAAUAUGCAUUUUCAGGCGUUUGUUAUUUUUAAGCAUUAUUACGCGUUGUGGAGUGAUAUUAGUUUUAGUAAAAAUAGCUAUUUUCCAAAAAUUAAUUGUAGAUACGAUGCGGAAAAUAUGAUAUGCACAAUAUAC